AUGCCUCUCACGUUUCUACCUCGUGAUGUCAUUGAUGAUGGCCUCUACAACCCUCGUGGACAGAUGCUGGCCAAUCUAUCGAUCGCCUUUGCGUGCCUUUCAUUUCUCUUCGUCACUGCACGACUAAUGACCCGAUAUUUUAUACAAAAGUCUUUAGGGCUUGAUGAUUUUCUAAUUGUCCCUGCAUUAGUCCUGGCUCUUAUGAUGGCAGUGUCGUACAACGAAGAAGCUAAAAAUGGAUUUGGGUUCCAUUCAACGCAAGUAGACAGCAAGCAUAAGAUCCUAGCCAUGAAGUGGUUCUUCGCUGCACAAUUGCUUUACAAAGUAGCAAUAUGCUUCACCAAGCUUAGUAUUUUGUCUUUCUACCUGCGAAUAUUCCCAAUUCAGAAUUUCAGAACAGCAACUUUCGCCACUGCCGCAGUUGUUGUCGCCUAUACCGUCGGAUCAGUUUGUGCGACGAUAUGGCAAUGCAAACCUAUCCCGAAAACCUGGAAUAAAUCACUCCCCGGGACAUGCAUUCAAAUCGGCGACGUGUGGUAUAGCACGAGUGUGAUGGCCAUCGUCACAGAUAUAGCUAUUAUUAUAUUGCCCGUCUACCAAAUCAGACGUCUCCAGCUUCCCCUAUUGCAAAAGAUAGGUCUAUGUUUGCUGUUUAGCUUGGGUAUUUUCGUUGUUGCUUGCACUGUCGUUCGAAUGAUCGUUGUCGGGCCUGCAAUCACCGCCAAAGACACUAUGUAUUACCAAGCAACCUCGAAUAGCUGGACCUUUCUCGAAGUCAAUGUGGCUAUCAUUUGUGCAAGCCUACCUGUCCUAAAAGCUACAAUUACUAGAUUCCUCCCUGGUUUGAUGCGCGACAAGACCACUGGCAGCAGUCGUUACGCGGACAAUACUUCGAGUAAUAUCGCCUACACGCCGAGAAGGGUCAUAUCACACAAUGCUCGGGUUAUGACGGACAACGCCAGUGACGAGGAGUUUAUUCUGGCGGAAGUUUCCAGAGUGCGGAAGACGACAGACACCAACGUCACCUACGAGGAGGCGACGUUCGGGAAGGCGAACAUCGAGACGGCAGAGUUCGGGAAGGAGAAGUCUGGGAUAGUAUAAUUUGUAGCUCAAACAGGAC